AUGAUUGAAAAGCCUCAUAUUGUUAUUGCAGGAGCUGGUAUUCUUGGACUCACUACAGCAUGGGUAAUUGCUGAAAACUUAUCAGCUUGUAAUACUCCUUAUGAAAUCACAAUAGUUGCCGAAUACGGCCCUCAUUCACCUACCAUGAAUGCCAACUUGACUAAUCUGGCCAAAUAUACUUCUCCAUGGGCUGGUGCUCAUUUUCGACCAUUCCCAAGUAAAAAUGAACAAGAAUUGAAAGAAAUGAAGUUGACAAGAUUGACAUUGCAAAAAUUUAAACAAUUGAGCCAGACAUCUCCUGAAUCAAGUAUUAAGUUUGUCAAGGGGAUAGAAUAUCUUGAAACCCCAGAUGAAUAUUAUUCUAAAUUUGCCUAUGGAUGGAGUGAAGAAAUUGGCAAUUUCAAACCUAAAACAGAUAAGCCAGGGUUUUUAGGGGUUGAAUAUGAUACAUGGGUAGUUAAUUCUCCAAUGUAUUUGCAAUUUCUUUACCGUAAAUUAUCAAUUGAAUAUAGUAAUAUCAAUUUUUUGAAAAUAAGAUUAGAUUCAUUGAAACAAAUCAAUGAUUUAUUUCCAAAAGCCGUAUCUAAAACUCCACCAAUCAUUAUUAAUUGUACUGGUAAUGGGCUACAAUACAAUGGAGGGUUUGAUCCUGAAUGCUAUCCAAUUCGUGGACAAACAUUAUUGAUUAAACCACCGUCACAUGAAAAUGAAACUAACCAAAAAUGUCAAUACUUGGACAAAACGAUAACUUAUCAAUUGAAAGAUGGAUCGUGGAGUUUUGUAAUUCCUCGUCCAUUUAAUGGUGGGGUUAUUUUAGGAGGUAUGAAACAAAUUGGUGAUUCGUUCUUAGGUAUCAAUGAAUCUGAUACUGAACAAUUGAUUGAAAUGGGGAAAAAAUACUUUCCCGAUUUAAUGACUCAAGAUGUUAAUGUCAAUAAUGGGAAACCAUUUUUUGAAAUACUAAGAGUUAAUGUUGGAUUGAGACCUGCCAGAAAAUCAGGAUUGAAUUUGAAUGUGGAAAAACAUGAAAACAAACAAUUUGUCAUCAACAAUUACGGAGCUGGAGGAAUGGGGUAUGAAUUAAGUUAUGGGGCUGCUGUAAAAGUGUAUGAAAAGUUAAUGGAAAUACUAGGUAGAAGACAUCAUCUUUAA